AUGGCAGAAGAUGCUGGUGGAUGGAGCACUAUUGAGUCUGACGAGGGAGUAUUCACUUCAUUAGUGGAGAAUCUGGGUGUGAAAAACGUUCAAUUUGAAGAGCUCAUAUCUCUUGACACCGACACAAUAAGGUCGCUAAGCCCUGUGUACGGUGUCAUAUUCCUCUUCAAAUGGGUAAGAGGCCAAGCACCCCAGACCGAUGCCCCGGAAUAUGGCGCCUAUGACCCCUCCGCCACAGAAAACGGCCUCUUCUUCGCUGCGCAAACGAUUCAAAACGCCUGCGGCACCCAAGCGAUCCUCUCCGUAAUUCUAAACCAAGACGGUCCCACACCGGCCGACCCAACGGGCACGGGGAUCGAUAUUGGGCCUGAACUCCGCGAUUUCAAGGAAUUCACAACCGGAUUCCCGCCCGAUCUGCGCGGCGAGGCGUUGAGUAAUUCCGCCCAGAUCCGCGAUGCGCACAAUGCAUUCGCGCGCGCCUCGCCGUUUGUCGAUGAGACGUCGCGGCCCCCUGUUUCCGACGAAGAUGCGGAGCUAUACCACUUCAUCGCAUACACGCCAUUCAACGGGGUGCUCUAUGAGCUGGAUGGAUUACAGCCGUUUCCGAUCAGCCACGGAGAAUGCAGCGCGGCGGAUUUUCCGGAGAAGGUAAUCGACGCUGUGCGGAUACGCAUGACGCGAUAUGCGGAUAGCGAGAUCCGGUUUAAUUUGAUGGCGGUGGUCAAGGACCCGCGCAUCCGCGCGGCGGAGAUUGGGGACGUUGAAACGCUGGAGAGGGAAGAGAGGAAACGGCGGGGUUGGGCGUGGGAGAAUGCCCUGAGGAGGUGGAACUUUGUGGGAUUCAUCGGGGAAGUGCUGAAGGGAGUGGUUGGCAUGAAGGUGGAGAAGGGUGAGGGCGAGUAUGAGAAGUGGGUGAAGGACGCGACGGAUGCGACGGCGAAGAAGGCGAAUAUGCGCAGGGAAAGGGGCAAUGGGGGGGAGGAAUAG